GGAGGAGGGCGAGGGCAGCUAAAGCGCAGCGUCAGCAAUAGUUAAGUCAUGAGAAGCCAUCCCGACUUGGCGUUUUAGUAGUGGCGGGUAACGGCUGAGGGAGUGUCUCUGCCCACCCCCACCCAUCCCGUCCCUAUCGCCGGGGCUCCAUCUCGUCCAGUCUUAACGGAGCGAAGCAGCCUGAGGCGACCAACUUUAUUUUUUCCUGCUUCGAUAGUUUGACCCCACCUCACUCCACCCGCCCACCCAGCCCCUUCCCUCCCUCGAAGAACCCCAAGUUAGUGAUGUGGGCUGCCUGGGACAAGCCGAAGAUGGGAUUUUCCUCCACCCAGCUGCUGUUCUUGCUAAGCUGUUGCCCGACGGCUUGCCGCCCUUACAAUCUAGAUACUCGGGGCCCCCUGGUCUUCGAAGGGCUCAAUGGGACGUGGUUCGGCUAUUCGGUGCUGCUGCACAGCUUUGGCACCAGCCGGUGGCUUAUAGCCGGAGCCCCUAAAGCCAGCUGGCCUAGUAAUAGCUCUGUAGUGAAACCAGGGGCAAUAUUCAGAUGCCAAAUUGGAAAUAAUCCUAAAAGAGAUUGUGAGAUUCUCCAAGUGGGUGAUCCAAAAGGGGAAAGGUGUGGAAGAACCUGCACUGAAGAAAGAGACAAUCAGUGGUUGGGAGUGACCCUAGCAAGGCAGCCAGGAGAAAAUGGAUCUGUUGUUGUGUGUGGACAUAGAUGGAAAAAUGUAUAUUAUGUUUCAGAGCACAAACUUCCACAUGGCAUUUGUUAUGAGAUACCUCCCAAUUUUCGAACCUUGUUAAGUCAAAGAAUAUGCCCUUGCUAUAAGGAUUUUUGGAGAAAAUAUGGAGAAAAAUAUGGAUCUUGUCAGGCUGGGAUAUCAACAUUUUACACUGAGGAUUUAAUUAUUAUGGGAGCCCCAGGAUCAGAUUAUUGGGCUGGUUCCAUCUUUGUGUACAAUAAAACAGCAAACAUAUUUAUUUCAUAUCUGGAUGUGAAUCAUCAGAUAAAGUAUGGAAGUUAUUUAGGUUAUUCUGUUGGAGCAGGUCACUUCCUUUCUGCAAGUAGUUCAGAAGUAAUUGGAGGUGCUCCCCAGCAGGAGCAGACUGGUAAAGUUUACAUUUUUAAAAUUGAACCCAAACAACUAUCAAUUGUAAGUGAAUUAAGGGGUAAAAAGUUUGGUUCUUACUUCGGAGCUACUGUUUGUGCGGUGGAUCUUAAUGGUGAUGGCCUUUCAGAUUUACUAGUUGGCGCACCCAUGCAUAGUAAAGUCAGAGAAGAAGGAAGGGUUUAUGUUUACCUCAACUCAGGUUCUGGAGCAAAGAUGAUGGAGCUGCAGACAGCACUAGCUGGAAGUGAUUUGUAUGCAGCAAGGUUUGGUGAUUCCAUUGCCAAUUUAGGAGACAUUGAUAAUGAUGGGUUUGAAGAUGUAGCCAUUGGGGCUCCACAAGAAAAUGAUUUAGAAGGCUCAGUUUAUAUAUACAAUGGCAGAGAAGACGGAAUAUCACCAACUUUUUCACAAAGAAUUCAAGGACAUCAAAUCAGCAACACUUUACGCAUGUUUGGUCAAUCCAUAUCUGGGAGAAUUGAUGUAGACAGCAAUGGGUAUUCAGAUGUAGCAGUUGGUGCUUUUUUGUCAGAUUCUGCUGUAUUACUGAGGACAAGGGCUGUAAUUAUUGUGGAAGCAUCCUUAAAACACCCUAACUCUGUAAACCGAACCAUACUGGACUGUGUGAGAAAUGGACAACCAGCUGUGUGUGUUAAUCUAACACUUUGUUUUAACUAUACUAGCCAAACCAUUCCAGGUUACAUAGUACUGCUUUAUAAUCUAAGCCUGGAUAUUAAUAGAAGGCCAGAUACUGCAGCGAGGUUUUAUUUUUCCUCUAAUGGAACCUCUGAAGCCACCUUUGGAAGUGUCCGGAUCUAUAGCAACAACAAUAUUACAUGCAGAACCCAUCAGGCAUUCAUGAGGAAAGAUGUAAGGGAUAUUCAAACUCCUAUACAUGUUGAAGCUACCUAUCACCUGGGACACCAUGUUUUGAAGAAGAGAAAUGCUGAUGAACUCCAACCACUCCAGCCCGUACUUCAGCAACGGAAGGAGGAUAAUAUUGUGCACAGCAAGUUUGCCUUUGCAAGAUUUUGUACUGAAGAAAACUGUUCUGCAAACCUUCAAGUUUCUGGAAAACUUACAUUUCCAAAGCCUUAUGAAAAGAAACCUUACCUUUCAGUGGGAAAUGUAAAACAGGUGAUGUUGAAUAUCAGCUUGUACAAUGCUGGCGACGAUGCUUAUCAGACCAGCCUUCAUAUCCAGCUGCCUAAAGGUCUCUAUUUCACCAAACUUGUAGCACAGGAAGAAACACAGAUACAUUUUCAAAUAUCAGAAAAGGAAAGUCAAGGAGUGACAAUUAACUGUAGCAUUGGAUAUUUGUAUGUUGAUCAUCUUUCAAAGGUGGACAUUAGCUUUGUGUUGGAUUCAAGUUCACUCAGCAGAGCAGAUGAUGACUUGCAUAUCAGCAUUAAUGCAACUUGUGAAAAUGAAUUAGAUCCUGACCUGCUGUCCGAUAACAAUGUAGUUUUAGCUUUGGCUCAGAAACACGAAGUCGAACUGAACAUUCAUGGGUCUGUGUCUCCAGCAUCGUUUAUUUAUGGGCCCAGUGAAGAAAAUUCACCAAUUUCUUGCAUGGAGGAGACAAUCAACGUCACUUUCUAUGUUAGUAAUCCUGGAGUAAGUCUGGCUCCUGAUGUAAAUCUGCUGAUACAGAUACCCAAUUCUUUUCUACCAAGAGAUACCAAGCUGUUUAAUAUACUUGAUGUCAAGACUACUGAUGGACAAUGUACCUAUGAAAAUCAUAGGAGAGACUGUAUUUUACCAGAAGAACAAGGAAAUAUGGUGCAAGAUCUUAUUACAUUCCUCACAAAACUUGACAAUAGGCCACUGUUUUGCAUGAAGAAUGAUAAACUGUGUUGGCAAAUAUUUUGCAAAUUUGGAGACAUGGAGAGUGGAAAGGAAUCAACUGUUCAUGUGCAUCUUGAGGCAACACCUUCACUAUUAAGCAUAGAUGAAGCUUCAGUGCUUACCUUUGAGAUAAAGGGAGAAGUUUCAGCAGAUCAAAAUCCCAAAGUUAUUGAACUCCACAAAAAUAAGCAAACCACUCAUGUCAUUUUGGAGGGACGUCAUAACCAGAAGACAAAACAUAGUGUCAGCGUUCUGCUUAUUGCAAUAGGUUCCCUAUUUGGAAUUACUUUGCUUUUGCUUCUUGUAUUAUUUUUAUGGAAGGUGGGAUUCUUCAAAAGAAAAUACAAACGUUUUCCUGAGGAAAGAAAUGGAAGUGAAAGUUUGGAGUUUUUUAAACAUAUUCACAAUAAUACCUUAGAGUAGGACGUUUGGUAGAAGUUAAGAACUAUCUGCUACAAGGCCUGUGAAGUCUUAAGCCCCCAUAUCAUAUGUGAAAGGAAUAGCCAUCAAAACGGGCUUCCAAAAGCACAAAUCAUAGAAAACUGAAGGAUAAACAUAUUCAAGACUUCUAAUCAAAAGGAAAGAAAAACUCAAAAUGCAAGCACAAGGAAACACUAGGAAUUUCUCCUUGCUUUUUAAAAAGGACUUGAGAAGGAGCAUUGUACUAAUCAUACUUGAAUCGCGAAUGUAUAACCUUGCUUCCCAAAACAUUGCAGUGUCACGAGGAUGCUAAAUUAGACCAGUUUUAGUCUCCACACAAUGUAGACCUGUGCUGCCUCCUUCUAGCUCCUAAAGUGAAACCAGUGACAUUUUUUUUUUUUUUUUAGAUUUGCAAAUUUAGUGGCUGCUGACAAUUUUUAUUCUACUUUCUCCACCUUGCUCUGGAAAUACUGGGAACGUCCAUUUAAAAAUGCACUGACGAUGUCUCCUCAAAUUGUGACAAAUCAUUUGCAACCAAAUUGCCAAGCUUGGAAUUCAAACCAACAGCCUAAUUACCAACUCGAGCUACUAAUAUUCAAAAUACAUUUCAAGAACAACUAUGGCUAUAUGUAGGAUCUUUUCAAUGAAAGAAGAGAGGCAAUUUUUUAAUGGAAGGUGAACAACAUACGAUUUUGGAUGUCCUCACCAUUGUAUUUGUUCAGACUUACUAUGCAACUAAUCCUGGAAUAUUAGCACACACUAUUAGUAGGGACCCUACUAAGAGAAAAGGCUUCCUUGGCAGAGAAUGAGGGUGUCAGGUCAGUGGAGAGGAAGAAAUUAACUUGGUUUGUGAGCUCUUCCUAUGUAUCUUGAACUGAAAAACCAAAUGAUAGAAUAGAGUUUUGGGCUCAAGGUCUAUGAGAUUUUUGUUGUGCAACUCUCAGCCAUGUUUUGAGGGUUCUACCUGGCUGGGUUGAAGAAGUCCUCCCAUUGUGCAAAAUCAGGGAAAUGGCAGUUACCACUUCUUCUUAUGCAAUCAUUUUAUUUAUUUUUGUAUUUUGAAGAAAUAGAAUCUUUGCCUAAUUUUUAGACAAAUGUACUUUCUUGCACACAUUAUACAGGUUCAGAAUGUUUAGCAUAAGACUUAAGGAGAUGGUAAAGUACUGCACUUUAACCCCAAGGUGAUUAUUAAUUGAACAAAACAGUCUAUGAUAUCAGUUGUACCUAUGGUAUCAGUUGUCACGGCAGUGUCAUGUGACGUAUUGGGACUUUCCCCCCCUUCAUUAAACCAGGCAUGGGCAUGGCCAGUGCAUGACACAUCCAGCCCAUGGGCCGGAAUUUGACAGCCCUGCAUUAAAGCAUUAAAGACUCUGAUUUUUUUAAAAAAAGAUGUUUUAUCACUGUAUAACCCUACACUGUAAAAAGGAUCAAUCACCAAGUAAUAAAAUAUUAAAUAAAAUGAAACAUGAAGCUGUCAAAGAAUUGCAGAUAUUUGAAUUCAUCCCUAAAUGUACAAUUUUUGUGACAUCAGUAUUUUUAAAGUGAAUAUUUACAAACAUCAAAAAUAUUAGCAAUUAGACUUUCCCUAUAUCAUUUACUUAUGAAGGCUGGUAUUUACAAUGUGUCAUUUAACUCUUUGGAAAGCCUAAGAAGACUUAUUUUAAAAUGAACACUUUUGUUUAAAAAUGAACAGCUUAUUUUCUGACAAUCUUUCUUACACCCUGUAUGUUAACAAUGUAAAUUUAUCACUGUAAUUUGCUUACCAAUCUUUCAUAUAGAGGCUGCAAACCUCUGCAUUAGACAUAAAUAAAUGUUUGUAUGGUUUUUCCCAUCUUAAAAGGGAUUAAGUCCUACUGGAACUACUGCAGUGUGCUCCAGGUCUCCUUGAGGAACUUCAGCUGAUACAAAAUGCAGAAACACAGUUUGUAAAUGAUGUUGGCUAUUUGGCACAUAUGACACCAUUGCUUCAGGGACUGCAAUGGUUGCUAGUAUGCUUCUGUGUGCAAUUCAAGGUGCUGGUUGUCACCUUUAAAGCCCUUCAUGAGAUUUAACUGAAGGACUGUCUUCUCCGAUUGUUUCUGCCCAAUCUGAUCCAACAGGAGGGGUAUGUUCUGGGUCCUUUCAGCCAAGGAAUGUCACCAUGAGAUGUGCCUUUUUUGCCAUAGCACCUGUCCUCUGGAACACUCCCCCUCCUGAGAUUAGGAUGCCCCCAAUCUUGCUGGCCUUCUGGAAGGCCUUGAAGAUCUAGCAAUGAGCCUGGGCCUCAUAUCCCAAGUAUGGUAAUGUUGACACUGACAGAUUAUAUCAUCUCUCGGUUUCUGUUUGUAUUUCAUUUCAAUAGUGUUUUAAUCAUUGUUUGCCAUGCAGACAAUGAGAUGGGUAGCUAUACAAAUUGAAUAAAUGAUUUAAUUUCAGGAUAGAGCUGGA